CAUUUGAAGAUCUGUCCACAAGGUUACACCUGCUGCUCUCAAGAGAUGGAGGAGAAAUACAGUCUACAAAGUAAAGAUGAUUUCAAAAAUGUGGUCAGCGAACAGUGCAAUAAUUUGCAAGCUGUCUUUGCUUCACGUUACAAGAAGUUUGAUGAAUUCUUCAAAGAACUACUUGAAAAUGCAGAGAAAUCCCUGAAUGAUAUGUUUGUGAAGACAUAUGGCCAUUUAUACAUGCAAAAUUCGGAGUUAUUUAAAGAUCUCUUCGUAGAGUUGAAGCGCUACUACGUGGUGGGAAAUGUGAACCUGGAAGAAAUGCUAAAUGACUUCUGGGCACGCCUUCUGGAACGGAUGUUCCGCCUGGUGAACUCCCAGUACCACUUUACAGAUGAGUAUCUGGAAUGUGUGAGCAAGUAUACCGAGCAGCUGAAGCCCUUUGGAGAUGUCCCUCGAAAACUGAAGCUGCAGGUGACUCGUGCAUUUGUAGCAGCCCGUACUUUUGCACAAGGCUUAGCCGUUGCAAGAGAUGUCGUGAGCAAAGUCUCUGUGGUAAAUCCCACAGCCCAGUGUACCCAUGCCCUGUUGAAGAUGAUCUACUGCUCCCACUGCCAGGGUCUUGUGACUGUGAAGCCAUGUUACAACUACUGCUCAAACAUCAUGAGAGGCUGUUUGGCCAACCAAGGGGAUCUCGAUUUUGAGUGGAACAAUUUCAUAGAUGCUAUGCUGAUGGUAGCAGAGAGGCUAGAGGGUCCUUUCAACAUUGAAUCGGUCAUGGAUCCCAUCGAUGUGAAGAUUUCUGAUGCUAUUAUGAACAUGCAGGAUAAUAGUGUGCAAGUGUCUCAGAAGGUUUUCCAGGGAUGUGGACCCCCUAAGCCUCUCCCAGCUGGACGGAUUUCUCGUUCCAUCUCUGAAGGUGCCUUCAGUGCUCGCUUCAGACCGUAUCAUCCCGAGGAACGCCCAACCACAGCAGCUGGCACUAGUUUGGACCGACUGGUUACUGAUGUCAAGGAGAAACUGAAACAGGCCAAGAAAUUCUGGUCCUCUCUUCCGAGCAAUGUUUGCAAUGAUGAGAGGAUGGCUGCAGGAAAUGGCAAUGAGGAUGACUGCUGGAAUGGAAAAGGCAAAAGCAGGUACCUGUUUGCAGUGACAGGAAAUGGAUUAGCCAACCAGGGCAACAAUCCAGAGGUCCAGGUUGAUACCAGCAAACCAGACACAGUGGUCCUUCGUCAAAUCAUGGCUCUUCGGGUUAUGACCAGCAAAAUGAAGAAUGCUUACAAUGGGAAUGAUGUGGACUUCUUUGAUAUCAGUGAUGAAAAUAGUGGAGAAGGCAGUGGAAGUGGAUGUGAGUAUCAGCAGUGCCCUUCGGAGUUUGAGUACAACGCCACUGACCAUGCUGGGAAGAGUGCCAAUGAUAAAGCUGACAGUGCUGGUGCCUGUCCUGGGGCACAGCCCUACCUCCUCACUGUCUUCUGCAUCUUGUUCCUGGUUAUGCAGAGAGAGUGGAGAUAAUUCUCAAACUCUGAGAAAAAGUGUUCAUCAUCAAAAAGUUAAAAGGCACCGGUUAUCACUUUUAUACCAUCCUAGUGACUUUGCUUUUUAAGUGAAUGGACAACAGUGUACAGUUUUUACUAUGUGGCCACUGGUUUAAAAAAAUGCUGACUUUGUUUAUGCAUUCAGUUGGGGGGGAGAGGGACUUGUACAUUAAGUUGGUUCCUUCUUCCCCAGAAUCAUGUUAAAUGUGGCUGACAUGUAGGUACAGAACUGUAGUUAGUUGUGCAUUUGUGAUUUUAUCACUCUAUUGUUUGUUUUUUUCUUCAUUUUGUUUGUGGGUUUUUUCAACUAUGAUCUCACCUUGUUUCUUACAAGAAAACCAGGGUCCUUUCUUGGCAUGUAACAUGUACGUAUUUCUGAAAUAUUAAAUAGCUGUACAGAAGCAGGUUUUAUUUAUCAUGUUAUCUUAUUAAAAGAAAAAGCCCAGCAAGCAGUAAAAUUUCCAUCUAUCUCUGUUAUUUUAGCUGCCUUAUCUGGUAAGAAAUGGAGAUGAUUUUGUUUUUUUAAUUAUUAUUAAGUUAGGCUAGAAUGUGAAGGCACAAGUAGGCUUCUGAGCCACUUGUCAGACUGCAUUCAAGCAUCAAUC